GCGCCAUUGAAGAUUUCUUUGCCGUUGCUAAAAUCAACACUUCGAGAAAGUACGCGUAUCAAGCAAUACCAACUUAAUAGUAUGUUACGAAAUGAAUUCUGAAAAAUUCAGCAACUAACAAACUGAGAUAAAUAUUUCAUCAGUGAGUUGGAGAGAUCAAUAUGGAGAGAGGGUCACGUGUGAAGGGCUUGAUUGACAGCUUGGACAAAUUGAAUGUCCAAAGAGGUUUGACCCCUGAUGAUCUUCAACAGUCCCGCUAUGUUACCUCCAAGCUGCUCCAGUAUGUCUCAAACACACAAGAUAAAGUUCAUCGUGACCUGUUCUUGAAGAACAUUUCUAAUCUUGAGGUUCUCCUUUCCACCUUAGAGAACUCAUCAGACAAUUGUGUAAGACAGAAUGUACUCUAUGUUCUUAUUGAGCUCAUUGGAAAAUCACACACAGGAAAGCGUGCUACAGUUAUGGUACAACAAGGGGCCACACAGGUGCUGUUUCACUUGCUAGUGGAUGACAACAAGACUGCAGAAAAUGAUGACCUACAGAUAACAAUACAUCAAGUCCUGGCUAAGUUAGGCCCUAAAGAUCGGAAGUUUGGAGUGAAGGCAAGAUUAAGUCAGGCCCUCGCAGUAACCCUCAACAUUGUACGGAACCACACCAGCAGCCCCAAAUCCAUACAGCCUGUCCUCCAGGUCCUCAAACAGCUUGCAAACAAUGCUGUGAAUGCUUCCUACCUUGGAAAGAAUGGUGCUAUAAGUUACCUGUUUAAGAUCGUAUCUGUAUGCGGACGGAAGCACCUCACUAUAUUGAAGUGUGCUCUCGACACACUUGGGUCACUGGUCAAGUCUAAGAGUAAUUCAGCACGUGCAAUAGGUCAUGGUGGCGUACCCAUGUUGAUGUCUAGUUUCUAUGAUUGGCAUAAGGUGGACACAAAGAACAGACAUACAAAUUUACGCAAAUCUAUAUUGAACAUUCUCAAACACAUUACAAAUCUCAAAUCUGGUAGAAAAGCUCUCAUUGAGGGAGAUGGAAUCCGUAUCCUGUACACAACAUGCCAGGAAACACUGCAAGUUCGUGAAUUAGAAAGUGUCAUAUUUGUUGCCAGCCUCAUUCUGAGGAAAUGCUUCCCAAAGAACCGUCUUCCACUACAGAAUGUAUGUAGCGCCAUCUCUUGUUCUCUUCCUGAGAGUGAUUUCCAUAUCCCUGAAUCUUAUCUCAACCCAGAUCUACAAGAUCCAACAUUUUCUCACAAUGCCGCAUCAUCUACAGGUUGCCACGGAGAUGACAGCUCAUUGGAUAAUGACGAUGACAUCAGUAGUGAUGAUAAUGACGCUGCCAAACUGGAGUCUGAGGAUGACCUAGAUGGAGAGCGAGAAAGAGCUCCACCAAGUGUUCAGUCGGCCAGUGAACUUGCUGCAGCAUACAGUCAGUUCUUCCCAGAAAUAGCUGAGUUUUUGUCAACAGAAGAAGACCAAGGAGCCAAGGCAAGGGCCCCUGUAGGUAGCCAAUCAGACAGUGUUUUACAUACCCCAUAUAGAUCAUUGGCUGCGAGUGGACGCUACAGUAUGCCAAACUUGCCUAGUGCAUCGGCAGAGGAAAUCAUGCUAGGAUUUAAUGAUAUGAGCAUGCAUGAUGGGAGUAGACAUAAAGAAACUUAUACAAGGAAAAGUGAUCUGAAUAUUCGAGAUAAUAUCACUAGUGUAAACUUUGCUGGAAUGUCUAUGGAACGACGGACAUCCGAUAACCAAUCAGACAUUACAUUAGAUGAAACCGAGACUUUAGGUUUUCAAACCUCGGCUAAAGUUCCAAUUAGAAGACCCCAACAGAGUACAUCGAAUAAAAGCCCCAAAGUAAAACGAAAAGCGAAAAGAAAACAAAAAACUCAAAGUCCUUCUAAAAUGAAAUCGCCCAGCAAAAUGGACGAUUGGUUUACGUCAGAUUUGCAGUCUUCUUUAUCAAUCACCCAGAUUUCUCCUCGUGACACCAAAGAGGAAACCCCAUCUGAGGAAUCACUCAGUGAGGAAGAGGAGCCUGGGGUCUAUGAAGGACCAGAUACAUAUGCAAGUAUUGCUGCUAAAACCAAAGGUGUAGGCAGGUGGAACAAGAUUGCAUUUCCUGAUCUCCAUGGACAUAAACCACCCCCUUUCCCAGAGCCUCUCUAUGAGAGAAAGUUUGGAGUUCAAAGGUGUAAAGUUUUUGAAGACAUUGACCGCAUGAUCAACCCAGACCAAGUGAUGGAGCAUGUUGUCUUUGACCUUGAUGCCAUUGUGGCCAGCGCUGGCGACACCUAUAACUCACGAUAUUCCGUCAACUCGAACAGAGAUGCAUCAAGGAUUGGGCGUAUUGAGGACUAUUCCGACUACCUCAAGUUUAACUCACAAUUUGAGAGUGGCAACCUUAGGAAGGCAAUACAGGUUAGAGAGCUGGAGUAUGACUUGAUCCUGAGUCCUGAUGUUAACACCAACCACCAUCACCAAUGGUUUUACUUUGAAGUGAGCAAUAUGAAAGCAGGCAUGAAGUACAGGUUCAACAUUGUGAACUGUGAGAAAGUCAACAGCCAGUUCAACUUUGGUAUGCAGCCUGUCAUGUUUUCCGUGAGAGAAGCUAUGGAGGGACGGCCAUAUUGGACUCGUGUAGGCUCAGAGAUCUGUUACUAUAGAAACCAUUUUACACGCAGCUCCCAGGUGACGGGUGGAGUGAAGGGAAAGUCAUAUUACACCACUACUUUUACAAUCAUGUUUCCGCACACUAGAGAUGUCUGCUAUUUAGCUUAUCAUUUCCCUUACACAUAUUCAACACUUCAGGCUAAUCUAUUCAAAUGGAGCAAUAUUUACGACAAGCAAUCCAUAUACUACAGGCAGCAAACAUUGACGCACACACUCACUGGCAAUCCAGUCCCGCUACUCACUAUCACAGCUUACCCCACUUCACAAGACCAAGAGGGACUCGACCAGUUUAGGUCAAGGCCAUAUAUAUUCUUGUCUGCCAGAGUGCAUCCAGGAGAAAGCAAUGCUAGCUGGGUAAUGAAAGGUUCUCUUGACUUGCUGUUGAGCAGUAAACCCCAAGCCCAGCAGUUGAGGGAGAUGUAUAUAUUCAAGGUGGUCCCUAUGCUGAACCCUGAUGGUGUCAUCAAUGGAACGCACAGAUGUUCCAUGGUAGCUGAAGACUUAAACCGCCGCUGGUUACAUCCAUGUCCAAAGCUUCACCCUACCAUAUACCACACUAAGGGCUUGUUGCAGUACAUGCAGAGUAUUAAUAAAGCUCCAUUGGUGUUCUGUGAUUACCACGGUCACUCUAGGAGAAAGAAUGUGUUUAUGUAUGGCUGUAGCCCAAGUAUGUCCUGGAUGAAUGAAGACCUUGACAAUCCAGCUAUCAGCAGCAAUAAGGUGGAAGACACUGGCUACAAGACUCUGCCCAGACUUCUACAGAGUAGUGCAGCUUCCUUCUCUCUUGGUAACUGUAGCUUUAUGGUUGAGAAAUCGAAGGAGGCCACAGCUAGGGUGGUGGUCUGGAGACAAAUUGGGGUGGUGCGCAGUUACACCAUGGAGAGCACCUAUUGCGGUUGUGACCAAGGAGCAUACAGGGGUAACCAUAUCAACACUAGGAUGUUAGAGGAGAUGGGCCGCAAAUUCUGUGAAGCACUACUGAAGGUACGGAGCAGACAUGCAAAGCUGGCUAGCUUUGGUAGCUUGGCAGGGGCACUGGCCAGUGACAGCAAUAUCAGUAUACACUCAGACCCUUGUGAAGGAGCCAUGGCUUUCCCAUCAGUCCCCAGCUCUUCCAAAGAUUUUGAGCUCCAGGAGAGUGACUCUUCCAGUAAUAGUGACAGUCAAUGUAGUGACUCGGAUGAACUUGAUGACAUGGAGGAAGUAGAGGGAAUUAUGGGUGAUGAAGGAGUCUAUGAAUACCCAUAAUGCAAUAGGAAGAAAAAUCAACAUUUUUGGUUGGGUUGUGAUUCUAUAGAACCAGUAUCAUUUUGCAAGGAAUGUAUAAAUAUUCAAUAUGCCUUACAAUUUCCUCUUAUACACUUGAUGGGCACUUUUCUAAUCUGUUAUUAUUUAUUCUAAGGAUCUUGAUUUUGUGGAUAUACCUGAGAGGUUACAUAUUACAAUUACAUGUAUGUACAAUAUUAAUCAAGAGUGUCAGUCAAAACAAAAUGCUUUAAUAUAUAAUGUAGCUAAUUGAACUUAAUUUCCUCUAUGUUUAAUUUAAUAGGGUGUUUGCAAUAAAGGUACGCAUGUCUAGGAGGCAGGUCAUGAUUUUGAUUUUAUCCAAUAGAUGUCGUUUAUUGCAUUUCAGACAGAUUACUAAAGAACAUCCCUUCAUUUUCUUCAUAUUUAAAGCCACUUCCCUUUACGACUUAUUUAACUUACAAAAUAUAAUGGAUGUUUAGUUUACCCUCCUUGUUUACAUUGCUAUAAUGACAUUGUCCAUUGGAAUCAAAGGGAUUCAAGAAAACCCAUACAGUUGUUUACAUUGUAAACAAAUGUAUUUAUGAGUAAAAAGUAAUUGACAUUUCAACUUAUCAUUAUUAUUGUACUAUUAUAUGUAUUUUACAAGUUCCGGUAUUGUUUUAGUUACAUUUCAUAAAUUAAAUUCAAAACCAUAAGAAGGAACAUAGAAGAAUCAAUGAACUGUGAUAGCUUAUUUAUGUAAUUAUGCAAAAGGUUCUGAACCAGGUUUAUUCAAAUGCUUUCUAUUAAAGAUUGUUGUUAAUUAUUUUGUGUGUAUUUUGAUAUGUGAUGAAAUAUAUUGAAACAUUACCAGUUCAGUUCAUUUAACAUGUUAAUGCCUCUUUCAUUAUUUUGAAAAAAUUGAAGCUAUAAAUGCAAUGGGUGGAUAUUUGUCGAGAGUAUAUGGGGAGGGAUUUUAUUUGGAAAAAAUGUCAAUGAACUUCAUUAAAUGUAUUUUUAAAUCAUAUGCCUAUAUUUCAUGAAAAUAUGGAGUAUGAAUGAAAACCAUAUUGAUAAACGCACAAGGUAUUAUACCCUAAUUAAAUUAUUUUGAUUUUAUUAGUGUUUAGAAUUUUUUGUACAUCUGUGUUAUAUUAUGUAGAG